AUGAUCAGCUUUUGGCAGCAAUCAUCAAGCAUCGGCCGGCAAUGGUCGUCAGAUCUUUUCAAAUUGUCUAGCAGGCCCAUUCGAACUUCAAUGGUGGCCGGCUUUGGACAAUUGCGUCAUAUACAACAAGCGGCACAAACAGGUGUAUCCCAUACCCCAACAUCUUCAAGAAAUGGCAUUUCGAUCAAGGAGACGGGUCAUCAAUUACGAAAAGGACAACCGGCUCAUAGCUUGAGCCAACCAUUCUCACCACGUUCAUGUUCCACCCCUAUCAACCGACCAAUCCCACGUCAAGUCUCAUACAGCACUGCAUCCAGUAUAUCUACUGAGCCUGUGAUUAACAGCAUCUUCGAACCCGUAACUGGAACAUGGCAGUAUCUCAUCGCCGAUCCGUCGACAUCAGCAGCUGUCAUCCUCGACCCAGUCUUGAACUACGAUCCCGCCACUCAGGCCGUGACCACUCACACUGCCGACUCGUUGCUCUCUUCUAUCAAGGAACAGGGCUAUAAGAUUGAUAAGAUUCUCGAAACGCACGCUCAUGCAGAUCACCUGAGUGCAGCAUCUUAUCUCCAAAAGCGUCUUGCCCAGGAUCAAGAUCAUAAGCCGCCCAUCUGCAUUGGCAAGCGUAUUGAACAGGUACAAAAGCUGUUCGCGGAAAGAUAUGGUGUUCCAGAAAAGGAAAUUACAGGCGUCUUUGACAAGCUUUUUGAUGAUGAUGAGACCUUUACGAUUGGAAACCUGAAAGGAACAGCUAUUCAUCUACCGGGGCACACCCCGGAUCAUCUUGGUUACAUGAUUGGAGAUAAUCUAUUCUGCGGCGAUUCUAUCUUCCAUGUAGACAUCGGCACUGCACGCUGUGACUUCCCCGGCGGCGAUGCCACUGACCUCUACCAAUCGGCUCGAAAGCUUCUGAGCUUCCCUGACCACUUCAAGAUCUGGACAGGUCAUGAUUAUCCCCCGGAUGGACGUAAUGAGCCCGUGCCUUGGGUGAAUGUUCAGGAUCACAAGAAGCUGAAUAAACACCUUCAAGAGAAUAUCUGUGAAGAGGAGUUUGUGACUUUGCGAAAGGAACGUGAUGCAGGAUUGGCUGCACCCAAGCUGCUCCACCAAUCUUUGCAGAUUAACAUUCGAGCUGGACAUCUUCCUUCGCCAACGAAGUUUGGUCAUCGGUUGCUUCAUGUUCCAUUGAAGGUCACAGGAGAAGCAUGGUAA